UUGGCCGUUGAAUCAUGGCCGUGUAGUAACCAUAUGGUACCCGUGAGAGAAAUCUUUCACCGACCUGCCAGACAGAUUCAUACAAUGUAAACACUUGGGAAGGAAGGAUUUAGCAUGUCGUCUGACGCGGUUUACUGUAGCUUUGAGGAAGCUGUCGUGAACUGGGCUGCGUUUUAAAAAUAAGUACUAUUUCUGUCAAGUCAUCAUUUUUUGACAUUCAGAAAAUGUUCAGUUCAACCUCCAACAACGGACUCCUGAAGUUGGAGGAAUGUUCUGGAAGCAGCAGUAACCUUUUGGUCCUGCGCAACAUUAAUCCCCUCAGGAUUCACGAGGUGGACAGUAAUGUUAGCCUGCUAAAUUUGGCAAGCGAAGAGGACGAUGAAGUCCAGUUUGACACUUCAGACACAGAUGGCAACCGUGACAUGUUGAUGGCUGGUAAACAUUACCCAUCCAUUCAAGAGUUUGCCUCAGCAAUCCCCAACCACCUUCUCCUGGGGUCUCUGCUGGAGCACUUGUGCUUUGUCUACGAGACCAACCCAGCACGCUCACGAAUGCUGUUUAAAGUCAUUGGUCAGCGUUUAGCUGCGAUGAACCUGCUCUCACCUUUGGCCAUAAGUGAUGAGUUCAGCACCGUCAGACUGCAGCACAACCGAGCCUUUACUGAGCUGCUUCACGCUGCCGAGUCCUCGCUGUAUCCUCAGGGCCAACAAGGUCUCGGCACAAACGCACACAAUCCUGCUUUAAGAUCUAAGGAGGGACUGUUUCAGGCGCAGACUUCCCGGUAUCUUAGUGAAUUUGAAGAGCUGUGCAGGCUCGGAAAAGGAUCAUAUGGAAACGUUUUUAAGGUUAUGAACAAACUGGAUGGGCAGGAUUAUGCUGUGAAGAAAAUUCUCAUCAAAAACGUCUCAACAGAAGACUGCAUGAAGGUCCUCAGAGAAGUCAAAGUGUUGUCCAGCCUGAUGCAUGUAAAUGUUGUCGGCUAUCACACUGCAUGGAUGGAACAUGUCCAGCCCGCGGCAAAUGUCGAGCCUCUCCUGCCUGCACUGGAGUCACCUGGACAACAAGACAGUUUUGAUGAGAAUCCUGACAACAGCAGCACCAGCUCCUCAAUAGUGUUUCAAAGCCUCAGUCAGAGGACCGAUACUGCUUCAAGUGCCAACAUACCCCCCAGAGAGGCCGAGCCCGUCAAAGCUUUAGUUCCUACCCUCGAGACAGGCCAGGUGGUGUGUCCCAAGACGAUGCGGCGGAUUCCCAAGAACUAUGUCCCCUGUGUGUUCCUGGGACAGGGAGGUCCUCCAAAGGGCUCCAAAUGUCCCGCCAUGGGGUGGGACAGCUCAGCACUGUUAGAGGAGGAGUCCGGCAGGAGUAGCAUCGAACUGAACAACAACUCCUGCAUUGAUAAGGACUUUGAACAGUGGGCUGACAAAUGCACAACAAAGCCUUCUAAAGAGGUGCAGUUCCACCUGAUGCUCUACAUCCAGAUGCAGCUGUGUGAGCGCUCACUGAAGGACUGGAUCUCUGAGAGGAACGCCAAGCCCAAAGAACAACUCAGCUCAAAAUGUCCUUAUGGAUGUGUUGACACAGAACACACACUCAGCCUGCUGAGAAAGAUACUUGAAGGAGUGGAGUACAUUCACUCCAGGGGAAUCAUGCACAGAGACCUGAAGCCAAGGAAUAUUUUCCUCCAUGGUCACGACUGCAAUGUUCGGAUCGGGGACUUCGGUCUGGCCUGCAGGGAUCUAAUACUGGAUGGCCAUAAAAGCACCACCUCUCCCAGCUGUGAUUCCUCACAUACUUCGGGUGUUGGUACCUUUGUAUAUGCUGCACCAGAACAACUGAAGGGCUCCCAUUAUGACUCAAAGUCAGACAUGUACAGCAUCGGAGUGCUGGCUCUCGAGCUAUUCCAGCCCUUUGGGACAGAGAUGGAGCGGGUGAGGAUCCUUGGGGACCUGAGAGACGGGAAAAUCCCAGACUCGUUCUGCCAGAGAUGGCCAGUCCUGACGAAGUACAUCAUGAAGCUGACGAGUAAAGAGCCCAGUGUUCGGCCCACGGCCAGCCAGCUUCUACAGAGCGAACUCUUCUGCAGUAAAGACAUAGUGAUCCAUGGUUUGCAGAAGAGGGUUGAAGAGCAGGAGGAAGAGAUCAUGCAGCUGAGGAGACAGAUCAGUCAGCUCCAGAGCUCAGAAGUCACAGUUCAUUUCUCUGAGUCAGACAAGAGCUGAGCCUUAAAGGUCUCUACUCUACAGACUGUCAAAACUUGAUUUAUCAGCCACUGCUGUACUGAUUUAGUGACCUGGUACAAGUGGUAGAGCAAGUGUGCGUGCGUGCGUGCGUGCGUGUGUGAGUGAGCAUUUGAGCGUGCAUUCUACACCUGGAUGUAAGAGUGCAAUUAUUUAUCUUCAUUUAGCUGUUCAAUAAAACAUAAUUCUGUGACAUCUUA